AUGGCAUUCGUUCCAGCAAUGCCGACAAGCACACCUUUGCACACCAGCACAAGCAACACUCAAGCACAUGAAACAGCCUCCGAUACUGAAGUCAAUGAUGAAACUGAUGACGAAGCACAAGGGGAUGAAGAUGGUGGGCAAUCAGAAAUCAUGGUACCUCAGCCACCGUAUGUUGGGCAGAGAUUUGAUUCGUUUGAAGAUGCAAAGGAAUUCUACCAGACAUAUGCAAAGUUCCAUGGGUUUGCGGUCAACACCGAAUACCAUAGGAAAAUUAAAAAAACUAACGAGUACAGUAGAGGUGAGAUGAGGUGCUACAAGGCACGAAGGAGCAAGAAGGGUAAAGGUGUUGCGCCUGUCGUUCCGGAACGAAAGAGAGGUAUCAUUGUCAAGACGGAAUGCCCUGUCCGGUAUAAGCUGAACGUAGAUGGAGCACGGUGGGUGGUCACUGAAUAUUUUGACGAGCACAACCACGAACUCAUAAAGAAGUUUGACCUGGUAAAAUUUCUGACCGCCCAGAGAGGAUUCCCACCCCUCGAGAAGAAAUUCAUAAAGCUGCUACAUGAUUGUAACGUUGGUCCAUCAAGAAUGGUCCAGACACUAUCCCUCAUCCACAGCAAAAAUGGGACUCUGAGUAGCAUGCCCUACAUACCAGCAGACGUCACAAACCUAAAGGCAAGGUACCAUAGAGAGAGUAGGUUGGCUGACAUAGAAGCCAUGAUAGCCUACUUCGAUGAGAAAGCGAAGGAAGAUCCAUAUUUCUUCUACAGGAUAAGAUUAGACGAUGAGCACCGUGUCAGGAUCAUGUAUUGGGUGGAUGGUGCUGCAAGAAGAGCCUACAAACAUUUUCGAGAUUGCAUUUCGUUCGACGCGACAUAG